AAUUUUUAAUUAUAUGUAAUACUCAGUGUAGAAAGACUGUCAUUGGUGCAUGACUAUUUCAUGGUCACCCACACAAGCAGCUAUAGAAAUUGCUUUUGCCUCUAACAACCCUGAAAAUGCAGAUCAAAUUAUCUUGUGUUUCUUAAUGAUCAAAGUCCACUUUCCUUCACUGAUGCACCUGGGAAUGGCAGCACAUUAAGCAUUCUGUAUCUAAAGAAAAACUAAUUAAAAAAGGUUAAACCUGUGAAGAAUGUACUUUACAGUAAUAAAAGACCCCUUUUUUCCAGGGUUCUAGUGUCUAAAGGAGGCAAGAUAAUGUCAUGCUAAUGACAUUUAAUGGAAUAUUUUACACAAUAGGUCUAAUAACAACAUAACCUUUUCCCCUGAAAGAUGCAGAGUUCACUACAUUUCCACUCCGUUGGUUCACACAGCGGAAUUAUGCUUGGCUUGUGCGAGCAGAAGAAGCCAAUCCUGAUUAGCAAGUUUUGCAGGAUAAUUUCUUUAUAUAUUACCUCCCAUGCCAAACAAUUUUUUUGAGCCACUUACUAUGUAGAAUGGGAUAUCACUGAAACACCCCGAGCAGAACAUGGUAGGCAGGGUUAGGUGCACCCAGGGGGCUGGGAGAAGGGAUCUUCAUCUGUGACACCAAAGCAAGCAGUGGCUCCUAAGUUAAAAACUGCCAGAGGAUCAUUCAGAUUCACCUCAAAUAGGCAGUACCCUGUCUCUUCAAAUCUUACCCAAGAAGCCUCCACAGAGCAAGUUGUGAGAGUAUGAAGAUGAUGAGGGGAUGUUUUGAUACUGUAGGAAUUUUUGGUGCUAAAAUCCAGGAAUCUUAAACAUUAGGACACAUCCACCCAGCAAUAAGGUGUGAGUGUGGCUCUACAUACAGACCCCAUAGUUUCAUCAAGCAUUUAAACUUAAUCAUGUCCACGCAGAUGUGUCAACCCAGGUCAGCUUGGGACCCUGGUAGGUGUUCUCAUUGCUACUGCCUUCCUCAGUGAUGCUGCCACUCGUUACCUGUGGAAGUGAGAUCAGAGCUAGCUUCAUCCUAAAAACCCUCCCAGUUUACCUGUGUAAAUAAGCCUUUCCAGCAAUGCUAACCAUGGGCUGGCCUGAGGAAGCAGCAAAAGCCAGCUAGAGAUGAGACGGCACACAGGACAGACCCUGCAAAGCCCUGCAGCCCCACCACAGGCACGGCCUUGGCUCCUGAUUUCAAGAGGGCUCUGGGGAAGGGUUUGUCAGCAGCACUCCCAUUUCCCAGAAGGGCAAACUGAGGCAUGGUGAAGCAAACCAGCAGCCCCCAGGACAGCCAAUGCUGCAGCUGAGCUCGCUAUUCCUGCUGGCCACCCCUGAGUGUGCAUCAGGGUCUCUGUCCCUUGCCCCAUGUUGCCCCUUUCUUGGUAAACGCAGAUCUCUGAGAAACCCCUGCCUGUCUGGUGAAACAGGCGCUUUUCAGCCUUCCUCGGUGAAAAAGCCAUGUCAGUUCAUCGUGCCUUGACAGAAGUGCAGGCUCCACAAAGGAGUUAUUAGCACCAGGCUCUGUGGGUUUGAAUUUCUCCUCGUUUCCCAUACUUUUCCCCUAUUGAUAGCAUUUCUUGUUGGGACAAUAGAAGUGUGCCUUGCAACUACUCACGACAUUAGUGACGGUGCUUGAGCCUGAAUGAUUUAAAGGGAAAGAAUCCAACUCCCAAAAGACCAUCUGGCUAUCAGAUAUAAUACAGCAAUAAAGGUCAGGGCUGCUUCUCAGGAGUUGGGAAAAAGAUGGUUUUUGACACUGAAGAGUCUCUUCAACCAGCUUGCUACAAGCCUACCUGUCAGGUCCUAGCUUCAAGGCCUGCCACCGUCGUUCCCUUGCUAGGAAAGGGAGAACACAGGACACCAACUUCUGGAAGAAGGCCAGCUAAAGAAUACAGGAAAAAGGGCAACACCUUGUUAUAGCUGGCAGAAACUAUGGCAUGGUCUCUGAGGUAUAUCUUAUUUUGUGUCAUAAUCCUUUGACUGCUUCAAAGUGUUCAUGAGAUGUCUUGUCUCCUGGCUUUCCCACAACACAGGGAAUAAAGGGCUCCAAGGACAACAUCUGCCCUUCACAAAGGGCUAAGCCCAUUCAGGCCCAUACAAUGAGAACCACGAAGCUGGCUAUUUCAGUGACACCUCCCUCCUUCCUGUCAACUGCCCAUUAAACUCAGGCUUCACUUCAGGAUUUCCAAGCAAGAAAUUGUCUUUGGCUUUCUUACCUCACUGCACACUUCCCUCCACCAUUUUCAUUUCCAGAUUCUCAGCCACGCUCCAGUGCACAGGCAGAGCACUGGGAGAAGAUGAGCUCAGCUCUGCCUCGGGCACUCCAGGCUGGACCCUUGGGUGGCAGGAUGCAGCACAGCUUUUCUCAGCUGUGUGCCUGGAUUGGCUGGAUGGCUGUGGGAAACACCAGCAAUCCCCAGACUCACAUAUCUGCUGAAGCUCCCUGAUGUAUAAAUAGCAGCAGUUGGGAACUGCCAAAGCAUAGUCGUACGCUCAGCACAGCAGCCCGACGUGGGGGUCUGUGCCCAGGACUGAGAGCACCAAGAAUGGCUCCCAGUAACACUCUCAUGAUCCACAUGGAGGAGAAACUGCUUCCAAAAGAAAAGAAUAAACUGAGGAAGCCAGUGGUGGAGAAAAUGCGGCGUGACCGGAUUAAUAGCAGCAUCGAGCAGCUGAAACUGCUGCUGGAGAAGGAGUUUCAGAGACACCAGCCCAACUCCAAGCUGGAGAAAGCCGACAUCCUGGAAGUGGCUGUCAGCUACCUGAAGCAGCAGAGCCAGCUGCAGGACCAGGGCUUCACUCACAAGAAUCUAGAGCAGGACUUUAACAGUGGAUACCUGCGGUGCCUCAAGGAAGCUAUGCAUUUUCUGUCCUACUAUGAACCCAAGAAGGAAACUCAGGUGCAGCUAAUCAAGCAUUUCUGCAAAGCUCACAUGGGUGCAGAUGUCAUGUACUCUCCUGCCCUGCGUAGUUCGCCCCUGUCACCCUGUCUGUUUGCCAGAAAGCAACCUGCCCAGAAGACUGUAGCUGCUCCCACCAUCUGGAGACCCUGGUAGACCUGCUGAACUUUGCUUUAUUCCUAUGUUUUGCUACAAAAACUAGAGGGACCUGUGAUUUAGUAGUUCCUCUUUGAAGUAGGAAACAUUGCUUUCCAAAGGUGGGAGGGGGGCAGUUAUUGUUUUUCUGUCAUAAGAAAUGAGGGUGGCUGAGUGGUUUCCCUUCAUAGUGAAGGACGGUGUGUGUAUCUUGCAGCAAAUUUGCUGCUUUUAUUGGUGGCUCCUAGCCAAAGAGAGAACCAAGUUCUGCAGUGAUUUAGAGAGCCAAAUGCCCUUCAGUUUCCAUCACACCUUUGCUUGGCAAGGCUGUUGAGUCUGUGGCUGUCAGUGGAAAGCUUGCUACUAACUCCCUGGGUCACUGGCUCAAGUGCUCCAUUGUCUCUAGAUAAUGUAUUGACCUUCCUAAAGAAGGAGCACUUUGAAGAAUGCAUUUUGUAUCAUAGAGUAUCGAGCCUUUACCUUUUGAGUGAAAGAUGUUAUUAAGAAAUGCUGAUUCUUCUGAAGUUCCUAUGCUAUUUUUAGUAUAUCUUCUUACAGAAAGUUAUGAUGAUAACAGAUAGCUCUAAGGAAAAUUCUCUUAAUGCCAGUAUGUGCUACUCUCAGUUGAGGGAUAAUUGAUGCCUUUUGUAAAGGAAUACCUGUGAUACAUCUUAAGGAGAAGUGGGGGGAGGAAGGCAGUUAGUACUUUGUAAUCAUUCACUGAACAUGCUAAAGAGCUUAAAAAGCUUUUAUAAAGUUGUGAUGUAUUCAUCCUGUGUGAUGUUCAAUUUUGGUGUCUUCACUGUACAAUACAAUAAAAAUGGUUUCAGUCAAUAA